AUGGAACGAGAAGUAUGGGUACAUGGAACAGACUGGCUGGAGCCUCAAGGGACUAAGGCUGUGUCCCUUCGAGAUCAGACCAUUCCCAGCGCCACGAACACAAGCAGCUCUUUUGGAAAGGGCUCCAGGUGGGAUACCAAGAAAUCAGAAGAGAAAUGCAAGGCCUUCCAGGAAAUUUGCAAAUACUUCUCUGAGGAGGAGUGGACAGAGUGGGAAACAGAGAAAAGCACCUAUGUGUACAUGAAAAACAACUAUGACACCAUGACUGGUCUAGGUCUCAGGGCCACCCUCCCAGCCUUGUUGUGUCCUAAAAAACUUACACGGAAUUCCAUGGGCACAGAUCAGAACCCCAGGAAUCAGAAUGAACAUCCUCAGAAGGCUUCCAAAGUCCAACAGAGAAAACAGCUGAAGGUAUCUUCCAAAUCUAAAGAGCAACAGAGCCUUUCUCCCCCCAUGGAUGUGAAUAUGGUGGAGUCCAAGAAGCCAUGGGAAGAAAAUGACUUGAAGCUACCAUGGAUUAAAAAGUCAGUAGGACCCUGGAAAGGGAAGAAUAACAUUUGGGCCCACAGACCAAGAGGAAAACAGAACCCAGUUGUUUAUGAAGAGAUUGGUGACCCCAAGGAAAACGACUAA